CGGGAGCGCGGGGCGGUGCGGGCGGACAAGAUGGCGGCGGCGCAGCCGGGCGGCGGGGCGGCGAGGAGGGUGCGGGCGGUGCUGGGGCACCUGUCGGGCACGGGCGCCGUGAGGGCCGUCCCGUGUGGGAGCCGCGCCGCGGCCUCCAGCCCCGAGGAUGUGGUGGUGGUGCACGGACGGAGGACGGCCAUCGGCCGGGCCAAGCGAGGAGGCUUCAAGGACACCACGCCUGAUGAGCUGCUGUCUGCCGUCAUGACGGCUGUCCUGCAGGACGUCCGCCUGCGGCCUGAGGCGCUGGGAGAUAUCUGCGUUGGAAACGUGCUGCAGCCGGGAGCUGGAGCUUUGAUUGCGAGAGUUGCACAAUUCCUAAGUGGUAUCCCAGAGACAGUGCCUUGCUCGAGUGUGAACCGGCAGUGCUCCUCUGGGUUACAGGCCAUUAUCAAUAUAGCUGGUGGCAUCCGAAAUGGGUCGUAUGACAUUGGCAUGGCCUGUGGUGUGGAAACAAUGUCCCUCAGAAGUGGAAAUAAUCCUGGUGAUAUCAGUUCCAGCAUGAUGGAAAACAGCAAAGCUCGUGAUUGCCUUAUUCCUAUGGGAAUAACCUCAGAAAAUGUGGCAGAGAAGUUUGGAAUUUCCCGAAAGAAGCAGGAUGCUUUUGCCUUGGCUUCCCAACAGAAAGCAGCAAAAGCUCAGCAGAUGGGACUGUUUAAAGCUGAGAUUGUUCCAGUGAAGACCACUGUUCUAGAUAACGAGGGCAACCAGAAGACCAUCACUGUGCACCAAGAUGAAGGGGUCAGGCCCUCUACGACCCUGGAAGGUUUAGCAAAGCUGAAGCCUGCCUUCAAGGAGAAUGGCAGCACUACAGCAGGUAACGCCAGCCAGGUCAGCGAUGGAGCGGCUGCCGUCCUGCUGGCAAAGCGCUCCAAAGCCACACAGCUGGGGUUGCCCAUCCUGGGAGUGCUCAGGUCCUUUGCUGUGGUUGGAGUCCCCCCUGACGUGAUGGGCAUAGGGCCAGCCUAUGCCAUCCCUGUUGCUGUGCAGAAGGCGGGUCUGACUCUGAAUGACAUUGACAUAUAUGAAAUAAAUGAAGCCUUUGCAAGCCAGGCUGUGUACUGCGUUGAGAAGCUGGGCAUUCCUAUGGAGAAGGUCAACCCCCUGGGAGGAGCAAUAGCACUGGGGCACCCACUGGGCUGCACUGGCGCUCGUCAAGUUGUCACUUUGCUCAACGAAUUGAAGCGUAGAGGGAAAAGAGCAUAUGGUGUUGUAUCAAUGUGCAUUGGAACCGGCAUGGGAGCUGCAGCAGUAUUUGAGUAUCCAGGGAACUGAACUCCAGCAUACUGACAGCCCAACACAGCAACUCAUUCUCUGCCUUCUCCAGUACUAGCAAUGAUUUGCACUGUGAAAUCAAGAGGAUUCAGGUUUUUGUUACUAGAUCUACAAAUGUCAGGCACAAAGUGUGAAGUAGAAUGAAUCAUAUGAGUCUGAUGUGCAAGUGGGAGAAUGAAAACCAGCACUUGCUUCAGAGCUGAAAAGCAACCUAACAUGAGAGAAGGAAUGAGUUCAGCUAAAGUUCAAAUAUAGGCCCUACGGUGAUGAUUACUAAUGAAUACUUCUAAUCUAAUUCAUCCCUUUAUUCUGUGAAUAUUAUCAGAGUGUAGUUCAUUGUACCCUUUCUUUGUAUGACAAAUCUAAAACCGCUUCUCAAAAUGAAAAUGUCAUUGCAGAGGAAA